AUGUCCAAGGGUUCUUUUAAGAUCACACUCAUUUUGGAACCGUGGCUGCCUUACAAAGUACUUAGUGUUCCUGAGAGUACACCUUUUACAGAAGUCUUAAAAUUUGUAGUAGAAGAAUUUAAAGUUCCUGCUGCAACAAGUGCAAUUAUUACCAAUGAUGUAAUAGGAAUAAAUCCUGCACAGAUUGCUGGAAAUGUUUUCCUAAAACAUGGUGCAGAACUGAGUAUUAUUUCUAUAGAUUGUGUUGGAAGUUGUUAA